AAACGCUUACAACAGUUGUAAGUAAAAUAUUUUCAGCUGAAUGCAUUUUCAGUUAAGUUACCUGAAAAUACCUCCAGGUGAAAGUGUUUUCCCUAAGAGUAAGGUGCUACUUUCUUCAAUGGCUAUUUAAUUAGUAAUAUAUAUAUAUAUAUAUAUAACUAUGUUUGAAUGGAUGUCAUAUGAGGAUCCGACAAUUUAAGAAUGCAUCCCAUCGAAAUUUUUGGUGAAUCCAACAUCUGGCAUGUGAAGGUGUUAUUGGUAGUGAACACUACUGUAGAGAUGUACGAGUCGGAUAGAGUGUUGCAGCAAUUCGAGUUCAGGCAACAAAUUUCAGUGGCACCUCAAGACCUCGAUGAUCUACAUCCUAUCGACUUGCAAGGGAGGAUAGAUGAGAAUAGGUUGAUAUUCCACGCACAAUAUAUCAACAUGUGGAACAAUAUGUACGAGUUUUUACCUACUAGCGAGGUCAUUGUCGUUCCAGAGCUAGCCUACGAUCCGAAGUACAUACAAUGGUUUAGGGUUUAUGGCAAGUUAUACUUGUUAGGGGAAGAGGCGAGGAGUCGACAACCACAUACGAGGAGGUCACGACAGGCGCCUAUACAUCCAAGGUCUAGCGAGGUGGGUCCGUUGUCAGCACCUACACAAGAACCAACACCGAUAGCCGCACCACCCCUAAGUCAGUUUGUCUCGUCUUAUUCUGGUUUUGUUUUUGGACCUUUAUCCCUGGUGUAUUACAUGCUGAUGCCAUCGAUAUUUUCGACAACGACGAUGCCAACGACGACGUAUGGGCCAUCUAUGAUUCGGGCACCGACCGAGAGUCCAAUUGCUAUGUCAUCGAUGUAUGGGACACAAUAUAGUUAUACCUCUAUUCCGAUGGUGCCUCAAAUACCUCCAGGAUCAUUGUUCUACCAAGGUGGAUCAUUUACCCAACCACAUAUUCCUAGACAGGAGGAUGCACGGGUAACCAAGGAGCAAUCAGUCGUAAUCAACCACAAAUGAAGGUGAAGAAGAUGAUAGGCCAAGACCACAACCUAUACCGGAGGUCGAACCAAGAAGGAAUCCGUCUCGCAACCGCUGGUUAACCCGAUGUAACACAUAUUCUAAUCGGGGAUUAGAUUGAUUUACUUUAUUAUUGUACUUCUUAUGUUCACAUUGAAAUAAAUAUCAAACGUUUUUAUUGUAUCGAUUUUGUACAUUAUUAUGUUUUUAAAUCAAUAUCAUUUUUUCAUUAAA